AUGGCCAAUACCCUCCCGCCUGAACUUCUCACCAAAGUGUUUGAGAACAUCAGUUCAUGCGACAAUCAGAGAUCUACCGUUCAUUCUUGUCUGCUCGUCAACAAAGAAUUGUACUAUGCUGCACUUCGCUUGCUCUACAAGGACCUCGUGUUCUUUAUCGGUCCUCAACUGGAUCUUUUCAUAGCAUGCCACGACCGAUGGGCUAUUUCUUCCCUAACGCGGUCUCUGACUCUUUACAUAAAUUGCCCACCUGAAAUAACCGGAGGCUUCGACUGUGAUACUCACGAUCCGUUCCUUCAGCUAGCGGCGGCUGUGAUUCCUCGCAUGAGCAAUCUCGGAUCCUUCUCUCUCGCGCGGCAUUAUCGAGACUCGUUCUCUUCCAUCCAAACGCAGAUUGUUCCAGCCCUUCUGAGAAGUAUUCCGCCGAAAUGCACAAGCCUGGAGCUGGCGUUGGGUACCUCGGAUAACGUCAAUUUCGAUCUCGACGGACCUAAACCUCACCUUUGCGAGGAUUUGCGUCGCCUAUUGCCCCGAAUGCAGCACGCGCAUGUCGAUAUGAGCUGUUUGUGCGAUGCAAUGUUUGGCACUUGGGGCUCGGAUAACUGCUUUCAUCCCAUUGCUCUUCCGAAUAUACAGCGCCUCCACGUUCCUUGCGUGGGUGCGCAGUUGAAGUCAGCGUGUUCAGAAAGACAUCAGCAGGAUCAGUGGUCAAUCUGGAAAUCGAUUAUCAGGGCCCUGCAGCUGGUAGUUGAGCUGCCAGAUACCGCUGACGCAGAUAUCACCGUCUUGGACUCAGUGGCGCCGUUGAGCUCCUACAAGCUGCACAUAUACACGACACUCUUACGCUGUCAAAUAAGAAAGGGACGAACUACGACUUGGGCGUUCCCCACUACCCCAUACGUAGUUGAGGGGGCCACGCAAGGUCGAUAUUGGAAGUUGAGGCUCGUCUAUAUACGUCUGAAUGGCGAGACGUACAUGACUGACAAAAAGUGGAUCUACGCGUUAGCUGCCGGGCGGCCAUGGAGGAUAUCAAAGACAGACGCGAGGUUACCUGCAUCCUGUAAUGUAGACUGGGUGGCGGACGAGAAGCUUAAGAUCAAGACCUGGAAAGAGUGGGAGAAAGCGAAAAUAGGGGAAGGGCCCAUGUUGCUGAAGAAUGAGGAGCUUGCCGGGAUGAGGCUUAUAGAUGCAGAGGAACGUGAGGGCUAUGAAGAGGUCUGCCUGGUGGAGAAGACGCCGCCUGGGUUUACCAGGCCAAGUCGCUAUCACCGAGGACAGAUUUUCAGGGAAAAAGAAGAGUAA